CGUUUCCAUAGGGAGCGGACACACGCACACACACCCUCACGCACGCAGCGAGUGGGGAUUAAACAGUGUGUAUUUGACCCGAAGACACUCGGUGCUUUCAGAGGACACAGACAGCAGCCGAGGAACUACACCCUGAAAUGACUUGCAAAUGCCCAGUGUUGACUGAGCCACACCAGGAUUUUCCAACCAUGGAUCAGUUUCUGGAAGAUGAGUUGUGAACCUGAAGACCAGUGAUGAUGAAUCGCUACACCACCCUGAGGCAGCUGGGUGAUGGCACCUAUGGCAGUGUGCUGAUGGGGAGAAGCAACGAGUCAGGAGAACUGGUGGCUAUCAAGAGGAUGAAGAGGAAGUUUUAUUCAUGGGAGGAAUGCAUGAACCUAAGAGAAGUGAAGUCACUGAAGAAGCUGAACCAUGCAAAUGUGGUGAAACUGAAGGAGGUCAUCAGAGAGAACGAUCACCUCUACUUUGUGUUUGAGUACAUGAAGGAGAACCUCUACCAGCUUAUGAAGGACAGAGAGAAUAAGAUGUUCUCAGAGAAUGAAAUUAGGAACAUCAUGUUUCAAGUGCUGUCUGGGCUGGUAUUUGUACAUAAGCAUGGCUUCUUCCAUCGAGACAUGAAGCCGGAGAAUCUGCUGUGCAUGGGUCCAGAGCUGGUCAAAAUAGCAGAUUUUGGACUGGCCAGAGAGAUCCGCUCCAAACCUCCCUACACAGACUACGUAUCAACCAGAUGGUAUCGUGCUCCAGAGGUCCUGCUCAGGUCGUCUACCUACAGCUCUCCUAUUGACCUGUGGGCUGUGGGCUGCAUCAUGGCUGAACUCUACACACUCAGGCCUCUUUUCCCCGGGAACAGUGAAGUGGAUGAGAUCUUUAAGAUCUGCCAAGUGCUGGGCACCGUCAAAAAGAUGGAUUGGUCAGAGGGCUACCAACUAGCUUCUGCGAUGAACUUCCGCUUCCCCCAGUGUGUGCCCACCCACCUAAAGACCCUGAUACCGAACGCCAGCAAUGAGGCCAUAGCCCUGAUGAGGGACAUGCUGCAGUGGGACCCCAAAAAGAGACCCACUGCCGUGCAGGCCCUGCGUUACCCGUACUUCCAGGUAGGCCAAGUGUUGGGGCCUCGUCCUCAAAGCCAGGAGGUCAAAAAAGUCCAAGCCAGGCCACCGGCCCAGAAGCAGACCUCCGAGACCAAGACUGAUCACCAGCAGUCUUCCUCCGAGUCCAAAGGCUCCACACCCUCAAUUAAAAAUCAUCAUCAUCAGCAGCAGCAGCAGCAGCAGCAGCAGCAGCAUCAUCAUCAUCAUCAUCAUCAUCAUCAGCCUCUUCAGCAGAUCCCUCUGCCUCAAGCCGAGAGUAAACCAGGAGGUGUCAGCCAUGCAAAAGCAUCGCAGGGCAGUGAAAACAGCGCUGGGGGUGGCGGGAUGGGGGGGCUGAAGAGCAGUCGUCGGCGCUGGGGCCAGACGGUGGCCAAGACCUUGGAUAGCAUGGAGGAAACCGACCAGUUAGAAAACACAGUCUCCAACUCCAAGAAACCGAGCCUGGGAAACGCAGAGGAGGAGAAGAGCUCUAAGGAGCACCACUCACAGCCCAAGGAGCAGAAACCUCUGUAUUCCUUCAGCACAGUUACUAAGCUGCCCAACAACGUGAAGGUUGGCCAGAUGGACAACAGUCUUCCAGGAUCUGCUGCACGGCAGCACUACCUCAGCCAGUCACGGUACUUGCCUGGUUUGAUUGGCAAAAAUCAGACGACCUCCUCGGGCGAUAAGGAGAUGAACGGCAUGACGCUGCGGGAUCUCUGGGAGACGUCCUCUAGCACUGUGAACAAACCACUUGCUCCCAUUGGAGGAGGAUUAUCCGUCACCAGAACCAAUGCAGAAGAGACUUCCUCUAAGUCUGUGGAUAGCCCACAAGAGAAAACGGUUGUUAAAGAAAGAAUACUGGAGAAAAUUGAUCUGUCCAAAGGGAACUUUGUCAGCACCAAGUACAACCUCUCAGGUGGUUACAUCCCUUCAUUCCAAAAGAAAGAGGUGGGCUCAGUGGGGCAGAGAAUCCAACUUGCUCCUUUGGCUGGGCAGCACGCAAUCAAUCUCUCUUCUUCUCCUGAUAAUAAAAAAGACAAAGCUAUAGCGGCAAAGCCCAAGCCCACAUCCAACUCAUCUUUGAGUGAAACCAAUGAAGAUUACGAGGGCUGGAAGAGGAGGACGGACGGGUCUCAGGCGAAGGGGACCAGCUACUCAGCUCUGGGGAAAACCUCUGGGAACCUCCUGACCAGAGCCCCUGCAGUACAGCCCGUCCACGGAAGAAUGGACUGGACAUCCAAGUAUGGCGGAAAUCGGUAGUUCUGGGGAAAAGGGGACGCAACGACUUCUGCUUGUUGGGCGGCGUUGCCAUGGGUACACAACUUUGAACCUUCUGAAAAUGAAUACGAGCAGAUUUUGGACCUUUUUUAAGCUCAAAUCUGGAGGAAAUAUGAUAGUUUUGUAUGUUGCUCUAAAAAAAUAACACAUCAAGGUGUGCACGACACAUCCCACGUUCUUUGCUGAGACAUUUUUCAUCAGGCAAGAUCAACUUAACUUAUGCUGUCUGUAUAUUGUGGAGAUGAAGGUUGCCAUGAACCGAGACUGAUCCUGUCUGCAAGACAAUCCCUGUUUCCCUGGAGGAUUCAGUGUGAGCCAAUUCUACUGUUAGCAGGUGGAUGUUCUAAGUAGGAUUUAAAUGUUGCAUAGCUUUUUUAACUAGUUUUUAAAUUGUCAAGUAUUGUUUCACUACCCAUGGACAAAGUGUUAACAGGAUUUUAUUAACUGUUAAUGCUGCAUUCUCUCUGCUUUUAUCCACCAUAGUGUAGCCGAUAGAUUCACAGUGUAAUGGCUGAAAGGCCAACAUCAACUUACUCUUAAUAUUGUGAGGUGACUUCAAACAUCUUUACGUUAUGCAAAGCAUAAACGGACAAUUUUGUAAGCAUUUUAUACAAAUAAAUAUUUGAAAGUU